CAUCAAACUCUUUCGCAGGAACCAAUAAGAAACUCCCACGAUUCGAGCUUUGGUGGUAUGCUCAGAUGUUUGUGUAACGUCUGCUAGGAUGGCAGGAUUAAAGUUAAAUUGGAUAUUAUUCAUAAAUUUAACAAUAUGUAUUGUAUUAUCGAUAGCUGGAAGAGAUUUUUAUAAAAUAUUAGGUUUAUCACGUGGUGCAAGCACACAUGAAAUAAAAAAGGCUUAUAGACGAUUAGCAAAAGAAUUACAUCCUGAUAAGAAUAAAGAUGAUUCAAAUGCUUCCCAAAAAUUUCAAGAUCUAGGAGCAGCUUAUGAAGUAUUAUCAGAUACUGAAAAAAGAGAAAUGUAUGAUAAAUGUGGAGAAGAGUGCUUAAAAAAGGAUGGAAUGAUGAACAAUAAUAUGGAUCCCUUUGCAAGUUUCUUUGGUGACUUUAGUUUCCAUUUUAAUGGAGAAGCACAACAUCAGCAGNNNGUUAGAGGUGCAAAUGUUGUAAUGGACUUGUAUGUCACUUUAGAAGAAUUAUACAAUGGAAAUUUUAUAGAGAUUACAAGAAAUAAGAUAGUUAUGAAGGCAGCAAAAGGCACAAGAAAAUGCAAUUGUAGGCAAGAAUUAGUUACUCGCAAUGUAGGAAAUAACAGAUUCCACAUGAUACAACAAUCGGUAUGUUCAGAAUGUCCAAAUGUAAAGAUGGUGAAUGAGGAACGUACAUUAGAGGUAGAAGUUGAACCAGGAAUGGUAGAUAAUCAAGAAAUUAAAUUUACUGCUGAAGGGGAGCCACAUCUCGAUGCAGACCCAGGAGAUUUGAUAUUAAAGAUUCGAACUCAACCUCAUCCUAUUUUUGAAAGAAAAGGCGAUGAUUUGUACACAAAUGUUACGAUAUCUUUGCAAGAUGCUUUAUUAGGUUUCACAGUAGACAUAAAGCAUCUAGAUGGUCAUAUUGUAACUGUCCAACGGGACAAAAUUACCAAGCAUGGUACCCGUAUUCAAAAAAAGAACGAAGGAAUGCCUAAUUAUGAUAAUAACAGCCUUCAUGGCAAUUUGUACAUUACUGUUGAUGUUGCAUUCCCUGAUAUCGUUUUUACAGAAGAACAAAAAGAAAAUAUAAAAGAGUUGUUGCAACAAAGUCCUGUGAACCGAAUAUACAAUGGUAUACAUGGCAAAGAAAUAAUUAAUAUCUAAUGCAAUAUAUGUACAAAUGAAUAUAUAUAAUAUGUGAGUACUUUGAUUGGAAUGUAUGUCUUGAUACGUAUGUUUGUAUAAAGGGGAAAGGGGAGGGUGAUACUCUUCCUUUUUUAUCAAAGAAUACCACCUCAAAUUGGUAAUCCAGUUGAACUAGAUAAAUUGAAUACAUAUAUUCCAUAUAAAUUUCAUCUCGUUAGUAUAUAUGUUUUACCUGGGUUAGUCCAAAGGACUGAUUAAAUCUGUUCUUGUCGUCAAUUAUUUAAAUCAAUAUCAACGAUAAUUAAGCAAUUUAUUUAAUAUAUAAUUUAAGUUAUUUUGUAUUUAGUUAUGAAUCACAUGAAUAAUGUAUGAAAGAUCUAAAUAUGUGUGAUCAAAUUUUAUAUUUAAUGUCACGAAAUGUCACGAAAAAAGGUGAUUACAUAGUAAUAUAAACAUAGCUAAUGUAUACAUCCGGCAUGAGGACUUCCUUACGUAACGAUCACAAAGAAAUUCUGGACAUAAACAUCAGUAAAAGCGCGCGAAGAUAAUGAUUAUAGUGUCUCAAGAUAAAUGUAAUAAACAUGAUACAUUUGUAGCUAGUUUUUUAUUUCACAUAUAUCUAUGUAAUAAGUCGUAAUAUCUUGUAUGUAAGCUAUUAUAGCAAAAUUAUACUCGAUUAUUAAAAAAAA